AUGUCACAGACAGUGUUUAAGGGAGUUCCUGCGACAGACCCAGCGGCAACCGCAGCUUUGUGGGCAAGAGUUCGAAGCGCCAUGUCUCCCAUAACGAGGGUGAUGGUGAACAGCGAGGACAAUAACAGAGGAGCAGGUGGCCGUGGGGGUCGUAGGGGUCGUAGGGGUCGUGGUGGUGAUCACAGUCGCAGAAAACAAGUUGACGUGGGACAACAUGAGAGCAAAAAAAGGAAGAGGAAUGUGCAGCAAGAUGAAAGUGAGAAUGAACUGGCUAGUAUCGCUGUCUCCCAGAGUGCCGCCUUAAUGGCCAACAACAUCAUUCAGACCAAAAUCAUGGCUCAAAGCGGACUCUUGGAGGACUUUGUCCUUCGCCCUCGCAGGAUCGUCAAGGGCCGCGACGAAUUCCGCAAGAACGCUUACUCUCAUUUUGGGACUGCACCUCCCCCCGGAGGAGAUUAUACGGCCAUCGAUGGCCUUGAUGCAACGCAAAUCUGGCUCUCCCUCUCUAACGACCAGGUUGAAGAGAUUAUCGAAGAAUACCGGUGUAUGAAGUACAGACGGCUUUGUGAGGCAGAAUACGCCUUUUUUGCAACGGAAACAUUCCUCCGAAGACAAAGACGGUUUCUUCAAACUCCUACAGACAGGAAGUGGCGUGCUGAGAGGAUGAUCCAAUUAUUUGCUCCGCCCACAGAGUGGUCCUAUUGGAUAGCCCCGCCAUCCUUUGAAAAAUGUCCCGAGUUCAAAUUCGACUUACGUCCAGACUGUUGCUACUGGCUCUCCCUCGCUGGGUUCAAUUCUGUAUAUCGAAGUGAAUUGAGGGAUGCAGUGUACAUCCAAGAUGAAGAUUGGAUUACGUGCCCGUACUUCACCAUUGAGUUUAAGAAGCACGGCCAAUCGAUUGAACAGGCUACACGGCAGGCCUGCGCCGCCGCAUCUAUUCCGCUCUAUAAUCGCUACCGGCUCAAACAGGAGGCACUUGAGGUUGAAACAAAGGAGUGGACAGAUUCGGACAGAGCAGAGAUGAAGCAUUACAUCUUAACCUUCGUUGGAACCCAGUACGACAUUUGGGUACUUCGUGCUCGCUUUUCUGAGGAUUCCAGUACUUGGGAUGGAUGCUCCAUGGUGAACAUCUGUAAGUCGUCGUGCACGUCGAGUGUUGGGGUACGGAGGCUGGAGAGCUGGAUCAACGAGAUUCACCGGUGGGGUUUGUCGCGACAUGCGGCUGGUUGUCAGACUGAUGCGAAGACGAUUCUCAAUGACAACGAAAUCGAUACCUCUAUGAUAGAUUGA